GCCGAGUUGGGCACCAUGGCCAAGGCGGCGGCCUCCUCAGCGCUAGAGGACUUGGAUCUGAGUGGAGAGGAGGUGCAGCGGCUCACCUCCGCCUUUCAGGACCCAGAGUUCCGCCGAAUGUUCUCCGAGUACGCCUCGGAGAUCACCGACCCUGAGAACCGGAGACGCUACGAGGAGGAGAUCACAGCGCUGGAGCGGGAGCGCGGAGUGGAGGUGCGGUUCGUGCACCCGGAGCCGGGCCACGUGCUGCGUACCAGCCUGGACGGGGAGCAUCGCUGCUUCGUGAACGUGUGCAGCAACUCGCUGGUAGGCGCACCCAGCAGCCGGCCGGGCCCGGGGAGCGGCGGCACGGCAGCUGGCAGCCACUGGUCCCUGCCCUACAGCUUGGCGCCCGGCCGCAAGUAUGCGGGGCGUAGCGGCUCCCGCUACACAGUCUACGACGUGGUCUUCCACCCGGACGCACUGGCGCUGGCCCGGAGCCACGAGAGAUUCCGCGAAAUGCUGAACGCCACGGCCCUGGAGGCGGUGGAGCAGCAGUUCGGCGUCAGGCUGGACCGCAGGAACGCUAAGACCCUGAAGAUCAAGUACAAGGGGGUGCCCGAGGCCGCCGUGCUCCGCACGCCCCUUCCCGGGGGUGUCCCUGCCCAACCCGAGGGGGAGCCGCCCGGGCUUCUCCCGGACCUGCUGUCCCCGUACCGCUACCCCGCGGCGGCGGAGAGCACGGCUCGCACACCGGCGUCCCCGGCUCCCCAGGCCGAGCAGCGGCCGGAGCCCACGGAGCCGCGCUGUACCGUGGUGCAGCGCCACCACGUGGACCUGCAGGAUUACCGCUGCUCGCGCGAUGCCGCCCCGAGCCCCGUGCCUCACGAGCUGGUGGUCACCAUCGAGCUGCCGCUGCUGCGCUCGGCCGAGAAGGCGGAGCUGGAGGUGAAGGGGAAGCUGCUGUGCCUGGACUCCCGGAGCCCCGACUACCGCCUGCGGCUCUCGCUGCCCUACCCGGUGGACGACGGCCGCGGCAAGGCGCAGUUCAACAAGGCGCGGCGGCAGCUGGUGGUCACGCUGCCCGUGGCACUGCACAUUGCGCGCCGGGACCUCGCCGCGACGCCGGAAGAGUCCGCGGCCGAGACCGGAACUGACGGCGCAGUCUGCGCUUCCGAGGGCGACCCUGCUGCCGCGCGGGGAGAGCCGGCCGAGGGGACCCGAGCUGAUCGCGGAGACGAGAGCGGCGUGGGAGCUCCAGGCUUCGGGGCUGCAGACGCUGAAGGGGAGCGAGACUUCGGUGGGGACUCGGUGGCGUCUCUAGGCCUCGGGGAGGGUUCCCCUUGUGGGGACCGAAGCCUCCCUUGUACUGCGUUCCCGGACUGCGACACCGAGCCUCCUGCGGGAAGACGGGGACCGUGCGGAGACCUCAGUGCCCAGACGAGUGAGCAGCAGGAGGAGACCCUCCACGACGCCUCGGGCCCAGCCAUGGGUGGCCCCGGAACCGAGAGCAUCGAACCGUUGUGCCCUCCUUUGCAGUGUAAUCAGAACGAGGACUCCUUGACUUUGCUCAUUCAAGUGCCUCGGAUUCAGCCGCAAAGUCUUCACGGGGACCUGAGUCCCCUCCGUUACAAAUUGUGCUUCUCCACACCAGACUCAGGCUACUGUUUCACUUUGCAGUUUGCUCCAGAGAAUACACUGAGUACCAAAGAACCCGAGAUUAGCAUUUCUUUAAACAAUGCAGUGAUAGUCCUGGCAAAAUCUCCGGAGAGCCGUGGACGCUGGCGAGAAUGGUACUGUGGCUUGAACCAUGAUUCUUUGGAGGAAAGACUGUUUCUUGAUGAAGAAAACGUUAAUGAGUUUCUUGAUGAGGUCCUAGGCUCCCCAUUGACACGGACAAGGACCCUAGACCCACCGCUGAUUGAAGUUCUUCAGGUUACAGAUGAGAAGAUUCAGAUUCGUGCAAAGUCGCAAGCAUGUAGUGAUCCUGAUGGGCUUCAAGGAACGGGAAAAGGAGGCAGUGAAGGACGCCCUCUGAGUGAAAAGGGAAACCCAGACCAUUUUCCCACCUCUACAACUGACUCCCAUUCAUAUGCAGCAGUGGAAGCAUUAGAAACAAACCCCUGUGGCUCAGCUCUGGGCCCUCAACACAUUUGUUCUGACACUCCUCACCAGCUGUCUGGAAAACCCCAGCAACCAGAGCCAAACAUGGAUCCUGAGUUUAUAAAAGAAAACGGUGCGACCUGCUCAACUGAGGAGCAGGAAAAUAUAAAAGAGCCAGUCAUGACUGAGGAAAGGGAAUUAGAUGGUGAUCACCUGUCUUCAGUACUGAACAAAACUGUAGCACAAAACAUACCUGACUUGGACAGCAGCAUCAAAGAGACCAACACGGAGGAUGGCAGUGUGCAGGUCAUCAAAGAGACCAACACGGAGGAUGGCAGUGUGCAGGUCAUCAAGGACCACACGACACACUGUGCGUUCAGCUUUCAGAACACUUUGCUGUAUGACUUGGAUUAAUUGUAUAUAAUUUUGAAAUUUAAAUGUUGUUUAAAAAAUUUGGGACCUAAAAUAGCUUCUUUGUGUUUUUAACUAUAAACAGGCAGAGGCAGGUGAUCUCUGUUAGUUUGAGGGCAACCUGGUCUACAGAGUAAAUUCCAGGACAUCCAGGGCUACACAGUGAAACCCUGUCUCAAAAAACAAAAACAAAAAAUAGCUACUUUAAAAAAAUAUAAAAAUAAACAUUUACAGUUGAUCCUGAUGGCGAGCCAGCAGCCAGGUAGGUGCCUGUAAUUGCAACUCCUAACACUGGAGAAGACUCAUGGUCAGCUCAGGUCAGCGUGGGCUACAUAAUGAAUUAGAGAUCAGCCUGGGCUACCUAAUGAAUUAGAGGCCAGCCUAGGCUACAUAAUGAGUUAGAGGCCAGCCUGGGAUACAUGAGAGGCUGCCUUAAAAACAAAAAUGCCAGGCAGUGAUGGUGCACGUCUUUUAAUUCCAGCACUUAGGAGUGCAAGUUGUUAGAGGCCAGGCUGUUCUACAAAGUGAGUUCCACAACAAUCAGGACUGUUUUUCUCUCCCCCCAACUCAGAAACAGUCUUCCAGGGGGAAGAACAAAAAACUGGAGAUACUUUUUUUUGAAGUUUCCUUAAUUAUAAGAUAAGCUUUGUGAUUUUUCUAAUAGAAAUAUUUUUCUCAAGGAGAGUAAAAUCAUUAUUAACACAACAACAGGAUGGAAAGAUGGCUCAGAGGUUAAGAACACUUCAGAGAUUCUGAGUUCAAUUCCCAGCAAUCACAAAGUGGCUCACAACCAUCUGUAAUGAGAUCUGGUGCCCUCUUCUGGCCUGCACUGUAUACAUAAUAAAUAACCAAAGGAAACAAACACAUUCCUUAUUUGUGGGUUGGGGGUGGACCGGUAGGCCACAGCAUGAAUGUGGAGGUCAGAGGACAAGGUGUGUCUCGGAUUAAAUCCAGGUCACCCGCCUUGGUGGAAAGGGUCUUCAUCCACUGAACCAUUUCUCUGGACCCUUAGUUUUGUGAAACGCAGUUGGCUCAUACUCCCUGUAGUCAGGCUAGCGCCAACUUGUGGCAGUCUUCCUGCCUCAGUUUCUGAGUGCUGGGAUUUUAGGCACGCACAAGCAGGCCAGACCUGUAAAAUAUAUACUUGAGCCAGGCGGUGGUGGCACUCGGGAGGUAGAGGCAGGCAGAUCUUAGUUCCAGGGCACCCUGGGAUACCCAGAGAAACCCUGUCUUGAAACGCAAAACAAAAUUACAUAGUUGUAUUACAAGUACAUACUGGCUUUUGCGUUUUUGUUUUAAUUAUGUUACUUUUUUGGUACCAAUUAUAUAUUUUCAUAUAAGU